CUUAGACCGGAAGCAGUAGUUCCGGUGCUGUCAAAAUAUGUCCGCCUCAGGAGCGGGUCCUCCCGGGGUUCGGCUGGUCCAGUACGUGGUGGUUCGCUCGGAUCUGACCCAGAAACUGUCGUGGCCUCUCGGCGCCGUCAUCGCGCAGGCGUGCCACGCGGCCACCGCCGCCAUCCACGUGCACUACGACGACCCGGACACGCGGGGGUACCUGGCGGACCUGGACUCCAUGCACAAGGUGGUUCUGGCGGCUCCGGACGAGGCCGCGCUCUGCGGGCUCGCGGACGCCCUCACGCGCGCAGGUGUGGGGCACAAGCUGUGGGUGGAGCAGCCCGAGGACAUUCCCACGUGCCUGGCCCUGAAGCCGUGCCCGAAGGAGACUGCGCAGCCGCACGUGCGCAAAUUCAAGCUUUUUAAAUGACUUGAUUCGCGCACGCGCAGUAGAGGACUGAUCUGUUAACAUUGGAGUGGAUGUCACGUGCCUCAGAAAGCGUCGUCGCUUUUGUUAAAUAAAGAGAAAAUGUUUAAUGCAA